AUGUACGCGCGAAAUAUGUUCGUCUUCGCGCUGCUCGACACCUUUGUCCGCUUCCGUAACAUGAUCGGCCCUACCAACGCCGCUUCACUCCGCCACGUUGCAAUCCUUGACCUUGGACGCAUUAGCAAGACGGCUCACCAAUCGUUGACCGAGGACAAGUGGUUUCAAAUGCCCGACAACCCUGAUGCGCGGACGAACGCCUUCGCUGGGCUUUCAAACCUAACGGAUUUGGAGCUGUGGUGGAAACCCUCGGCUCACACUGUCGACCCAAACCUCGCCGCUCACUGCAUUUGCUUCUGCGUGCGUGGCUUUCUGGAUGCGGUCACUGAGAAGGAAGGUGACCCUUUCGCGGCUAUAGAACAGAUCACUGUCCCGUGGAUGAGCUGCCCACCGUACAGCAACAAGCAGUAUCUCGAAGAGAUGAGAAGCAAGAUGCGAUGGUUGAUGACAAAUGCACCGAAGACUAAAUACUUGCAAUCAAACCCUGAGUUGAGGGAUCUGGAGUAUGAAUUGCAGGCGUGGAAAGCUAUGAAACUGGAAAUGGCCUCCAGAGUCCUGUAG